UGAUAUAUAUAUAUAUAUAUAUAUAUAUAUAUAUAUAUAUAUAUAUAUAUAUAUAUAUAUAUAUAUGAAUAUAUUGCGGACACUAGCUAACGUUACUUUGGAAGUCGAAAUGGCUUCACCAGCUUCACACAGCAGGUCAGUUAUAUUUGCCAAACGUAACAUUCUGUAUAACGUUGCAGUGAGGCAAGGCCGUCUGUUGUUUUCAACUAAUGACACUAUCUCAGAUGGCCAGAGGAAACCAUCCCCGGAGAAACGGUGGAUGAAAAGUCAGAAGAACUCUCCCCGUAGUGAUCACCUGUCCUGGGAGGAAAGGCUGGCCGAUGUGGUCACCCCUCUGUGGAGGCUGAGUUAUGAAGAGCAACUCGAGAUCAAGCAAAAGCAUCAGCAAAGGAUACUCUCUCAGCUCGCCAGGCAUCUCACAGGGGACCCACAAGGCUCACCUGUCAGGGGUAGACCUCCCUUCCCCGUCUUGCCUGUUCUGCCCUCGCCAGUCAGGGAUGGCUACCGCAACAAGUCCACGUUUUCUGUUAACAGAGGAGUGGAUGGAAACCCAAAGACAGUUGGUUUUUACGUGGGCACGGCCCGGAAGGGCGACAUUGUCUGCGUCAACGGAGACCACCUGCUCAACAUGCCGGAGAAGCACAAACUGGUAGCCCGGUGUUAUCAGGACUUCCUCCGCCUCUCGCCUCUGGAGCCCUGCCUGCUGUUCCACAGCGGGGGUCACUGGAGAGAGGUCACAGCCAGGACCAACGCAGAGGGCCACACCAUGGCCAUAGUGUACUUUCAUCCACAGGGGCUCACCCGAGAAGAGGUGGCGGCCCACAAGGCCGACCUGGUGGAAUACUUUACGCUGGGGCCGGGGUCGGUCUGUCAGUUGGACUCGCUGUAUUUCCAAGAGAGCGCCAUGACUCGCUGCACUCACGAGGAAUCCCCCUACCAGCUCCUGCAUGGUCAGCCACACAUAUACGAAGAGGUGCUGGGCUACAAAUUCCGCAUUUCUGCCGAUGCCUUUUUCCAGGUAAACCGGGCUGCUGCUGAGGUGCUGUAUACCACCGUGAGACACCUGUGCUUCCCUACCCCCGAGGAUGGUGGAGGAACAACAAAACCCGGUGGCACUCUCCUGGAUGUGUGCUGUGGGACGGGGGCCAUCGGCAUCACCAUUUCUCCCAGAGUGGACCGAAUUAUUGGUAUAGAGCUCAUAGAACAGGCAGUGGAAGACGCUCGGCACAACGCAGCUCUAAAUAAAGUACUGAACUGCGAGUUUGUCGCCGGGAAGGCGGAGGUCGUGCUUCCUGCCGCCAUGUCCCAGUUGAGCGCCGCAGGUGGAGGCCCCCUUGCAGCUGUGGUGAACCCUGCUCGAGCUGGGCUGCAUCACAGAGUGGUCCGAGCUUUGCGAAACCAGCCCGCCAUCCGCAGGCUGGUCUACGUGUCCUGUAAGCCCGAUGGGGAGGCCAUGAGGAACUUCCGGGAGCUCUGCUGUGCUCCGGACCCCCGGAAGAAAUUCUGGGGAGAUGCGUUUUCACCAACUCUGGCUGUGCCUGUGGAUAUGUUCCCACAUACUCCCCAUUGUGAAGUGGUGCUUCUCUUUGAGAGGUAGCACGUGUAACCCGACAACAACUACAUUAUUUCAAAAACAAAUUGGGCCUUAAAUAAUGAUAUAUGCUAAAUGACACCCGCGUUCACCCACACAGGCGUAUUUUACAUUUUUGUUUCAGUACCGUGGUCCUGUGAACACAUGUUUUUUGAAAAUCUUGUGAUCAAUCCUGUGAAUAAAAUGUCAGAAAAUCGAGUACAAGGUGUUUUAAAGUUGCUUGU